AUGGCUCCGAGCCAGCCUCCCAAGCCUAAUCCGCUGCCUCGGGGCCCGGUGGUGGCGAUCUGCGUCAUGUACUUCACCAACGCGCUCGCGCCCACCAUCCUCUUCCCCUUCCUGCCGCUCAUGGUCGCCAGCUUCCACGUCACCGACGACCCCACUAAGCUCGGCUACUAUGCGGGCUAUCUCGGCUCCUCUUACUUCGUCGGCUCACUCAUCAGCAGCAGCUUCUGGGGCAUCCUAUCAGACCACUGGGGGCGCAAGCCAGUGUUGCUGAUAGGCCUGGCGGCCAACAUGGUGUGCGGGGGUGCGUUCGGCCUCUGCACGUCCUUCCAUGCCGCCAUGCUCUGCCGCCUGCUGCACGGCCUCCUCUCCACCAUCGCUGCUACCGGCAGGACGUGA